GCAAAUUCUGUUUGGUUUUGCGUAUUAUUGUGCUAGUCUCAUAUUUGAAUCAAUUAAAUACUGUCAUGUGGGCGACUAAUUUAGAUAAUAGCGUGAGUUUUGAAGGCGGAUUUUUGGAUAAUAGUAAGAAAGCUUCACAAAGUGACCCAAAAACUCGAAGAGUGCAAACUAUUGCUCCUGUCAUGAUACGACAUUUACUCACUUACCCUGUGGCCGAGGAAGUAAAAAUGUGGAAUAUUACUACACGUAUGUUUUCGAUUGUUGGAAUAAUAAGAAACUUCGAGGAAACAGCAACAAAAAUGGCAUACGACGUAGAAGAUCAGACAGGUACGAUAACUACACUGAAAUGGUUAGAAGCAGAUAAGAAAGCAUCCGGUCUUCUUAUGGAGACAAACAUAUACGUUAACAUUAUUGGCUUGCUCAGAGAACAGAAUGAGAAACGACACUUGCUUAUUUUGAAACUAAAACCAUUGGUAAAUUUGAACGAGUUGACGACUCAUCUACUCGAAGUUACUUAUUUCAUGUUAAAAGCUGAAGCAAUGGUGAAAAAUGAGUCAGGAAGCAAUCAAAAGACUGAUACAAAUCAAGGAUCGAGCGACGAUAAUCUUUAUUACGGAAUGUCGAAAGAUCAAACACUAGUUUAUAGAAUUAUUCAAGCACAAAAUGCUACCGAAUCUGGCAUCGAAAGAUGUGAUAUUAAAACCCAAGUACCAAGAAAAAUGUUAACAGAAGUAGAUGGUAUAUUAGAUUUCCUUGUUUCCGAAGGUCACAUAUACACAACUAGUACUGAUGACCAUUUUAAAACAACUUAA